AUGGGCAAACACACAAUCGCCGAACUUCAGAAGAUCAACCAGCACGAGAUCACCGUCCUAACCCGCAAAGGCAGCAACAUCUCUCUUUCUUCCUCCAUCAACAUCAUCGAGGUAGAUUAUGAUUCCAUCGAGAGUUUGGCCUCAGCACUCCAAGGUCAAGAUCUCCUAAUGAUCACCCUCGCCGUCGGAACACCCCCUCACAUCCACUCCAACCUCAUCUCCGCAGCCGCCACCGCAAACAUAAAAUACACAAUCCCCAACGCCUACGGCUUCGACUUUACGAACCCGGCCAUCAUCGCAGACAUCCCCGCCGGCCAUCUAGCUCAAGAAUACUUCUCUUCCAUCUCCUCCCACGGUAUGANNCUCCACUUCUCUCUAGUGUGCGGGUUUUGGUACGAGUGGAGUUUAGCUAUUCCUUGGUGUUAUGGUAUCGAUAUUGCUUCUCGGAAAGCUGUUUUCUACGAUGAGGGAAAUACGAAGAUGAAUACGAGUACUUGGGUUCAAUGUGGGAAAGCCAUUGCUACGUUGAUUUCGUUGCCAGAGGAAGAGUUGAGGAAAUACAAGGAUAGGAGUUUGUAUGUGAGUAGUUUUAGGGUUACGCAGAGGGAGAUGUUGGAGAGUUUGCAUAGGGUCCUGGGCACCAAAGACGAGGAUUGGGAGAUUAGUUUUGAGACUUCUAAGGAGAAAUACCGAAAAGGAAUGGAGGAUAUGCAGAAGGGAGAUCAGACUGGGUUUGCCAGAGGUACGUUAUCUUCCCUCUCUUUCCUAACAAGCCGAUGUAUCUGUUUGCUGACAAGAGUCCAAACACAGNCAAUGUACGCCAGAUGUUUCUAUCCAGAUGGUAGCGGUGAUUACGAGAGUAGCAAAGGUCUCGACAACGAAGGCUUGGGAUUGCCGCAUGAGGAUUUGGAUGAAGCGACAAAGAGGACUGUGGAGAUGGUUAACAAUGGAUGGAAUCCUUUCGGUUGA